AUGUUUAUGUCUACUUUGAGCCCCAAUAAGAGUACCAACAAAUGUGGUAUUCGUGCUAUCCGUGCUAUCCGUGCUAUCCGUGCUAUCCGUGCUAUCCGUGCUAUCCGUGCCAUGUUCCCAUAUGAAACAGAAAUGUAUGACAAGCAACAGUUUUUUGCCAUGACCAUAGAACAAAAAAGCCAUGACGAUGACGGUGUGUCUGACGAGAUUCUCACAUUUCGAUUGCCCAACAAUCGAGUUCCAGGGAAAGACCAAUUCAGCAAGCAAAUGUUAAAAACUCAAGGCGUGAUUGACCUUGUGGUUGGCGAAUUAUUGGACGUUCCAGACGGAACAUACAUGUCAGCAGAAACAGAAUGGCAGAACGCAUCGCGAAGCGAUAUACUUUAUAAGCCUCGGUUGGCAAUCCAAAACUCGCUUCCUCCAAUCCUCAUCGAAAUUCAACUCACCGUCAAUGAACCCUUUAUGCAACGCCUUGUCAGCUAUUCACAAAGCGCUUUGAGCAUCUACAAAACAUAUCCUAUCGUUUUAAUUGUUUGCACCGAUCGCGUCUCUCCUAUCCAACUUAUGGCAAAGUUCAAACCUAUUUCUGGAAAACCUUGGAUGUCUUCGCUCCUGGCCACUGAUUUCUGGGCACAAAGCUGCUUCAUUGUGUCGAAACUAACUUUAUCGGGUAUUGCGCCUUCUGAUCAACUCACACCCCUGCAGGCUUUGUCCUCGUUCCUGACCGAAGCCUCUCCAACGUUAUAUGGUCAUCCCUUUGCUGAAAAUCGAACUAUUCGACAGUUAUAUCACAUUGCCAUGGCCAUCUCGGAAAAUCAAGUUGAAUGCGAUAAGGAUGUCUCAAAUGUGGUGGACAUCAUUUGUUACAACAACGAGAAAAUACUAAUGAAGGCUGAUGCUGCGUUAUUUGGUGUAUCUGGGUCAUCCAAGGCAAAAAAUCUGAUCGAGCGUGCAUUGGUUUUCAAUGCGGCUGCCAAAAGAAAGUAUUACCAAACUGUGGACUCGGAUUCAGACUCGUCGCUGGAACCGCUGCCAAAGUUGAAGGGAAAGACAAGGGAAACAAUUCAAGAUAAAAAACAAGAUGACCUUGAAUUCGUGAUCAAAUACCGGAAAAAUCUGAUUGGAAAGAUGAACUGGAAGACAUGCCUGUCAGUUGGCCAUGAAAAAAACUUAUGCGAAGAUUACUCCACUGGUGAAUCGCUGCGACAAUUCUUUUACAACGCCACUAAAAAAUGA